CUCCCCUCCCCUCCAUUAUGGCGGAAGGGCAAGCCGUGCGGAUGGGCCGUCUCUCCCUCUCCGAUGCUUGUUUCAUGUCUUGAGGGAGGGGUUUUAUUUUUGUUUUUCAAAAUCUCUCCGCGACGGCCCCGUUUCUUGUCAUAUAGACUGUUCUCGUGUUUUUCGGCCAAAUCAUGGCGGACCGCGGCGUGGAUUUGUCCGCCCUGCCGAAGGAGGUUCGAGACCAGUUGGCUGAGUUGGAUUUGGAGCUGUCUGAAGGUGACAUCACUCAGAAGGGCUAUGAAAAGAAGAGAGCCAAGCUGCUGGCCUCCUACAUCCCUCAGCUGCCAAAAGCGGACCUUUCUCUGCCAGAUGUACAGCCUUCCCCAAGCCACAGUGCCGACCCCAGCCCAAGUCCCGAGGCCCCGGGCCCCUCCACCUCUUCAGCCUCCAGACACCAUCGUGCACACCGCAGUGGAGGGGCCAGGGAUGAGCGCUACAGAUCAGACAUUCACACAGAAGCUGUGCAGGCAGCUCUGGCCAAACACAGAGAAGAGAAGAUGGCGCCCAUGCCCACCAAGAGACGCUCAUACUUUGUCCACUCUCCCAUGGAUAACUGCACGCCUCCAGAUACAUCCUCUGCAUCAGAGGAUGAAGGCUCGCUGCGCAGAAAGGCAGCUCUCAGUGCCGUGCUUGCCCAGACCCUCCAGAGCCCCGAUUACUGGAUUAACCGCUCCGUCCAAAGCUCUUCCACGUCCUCGUCUGCUUCCUCCACCCUCUCCCAUGGAGAGUCCAAGACCCAGCCUCAGCCGCAGCCUCAGCCGCAGCCUCAGCCUGGUGUCUCUCUGCUGGCCGACGUCCUGGCUCACACACGUAUAGAAAACAGUGUCCCCCCAGAUGUGACGUCCUCCACUCCACAGGAGAGAGGAUCCAGAGUGGAUCUUCCUCCAGCAAUCAGGGGGAUGAGCCGCGGACAGAGCCGCUCCAGCAUGCUGGAUACAGCUGAUGGAAAAAGAAAAGGCGUGCCGGUCAGCAGCCGGGUGUCCACCAAGAUCCAGCAGCUGUUGAACACUCUCAAAAGGCCCAAACGGCCCCCUCUCUGCGAAUUCUUCCUCGAUGACUCGGAGGAAAUAGUAGAAGUUCCACAGCCAGAUCCUAACACCCCCAAACCUGAGGGACGUCAAAUUAUCCCUGUGAAGGGGGAGCCUCUGGGAGUGGUCAGCAACUGGCCUCCUGCUCUGCAGGCUUCCUUGGCCCGUUGGGGGGCCAGCCAAGCUAAGAGCCCUGCACUCACUGCCCUGGACAUCACUGGGAAGCCUCUCUACACACUCACAUACGGCAAACUAUGGAGCCGUAGCUUAAAACUGGCAUAUACUCUGCUCAAUAAACUGGGGACCAAGACUGAGCCUGUCCUUCAACCUGGAGACAGAGUGGCAUUGGUUUAUCCAAACAGUGACCCUGGAAUGUUCUGGGUGGCUUUCUAUGGCUGCCUGUUAGCUGAAGUCAUUCCUGUCCCCAUUGAGGUACCUCUGUCACGUCAGGACGCAGGCAGCCAGCAGAUCGGCUUCCUGUUGGGCAGCUGUGGUGUGAGUUUGGCGCUGACCAGUGAGGUGUGCCUAAAAGGGCUGCCCAAGACACCAAAUGGGGAGAUUGUCCAGUUCAAAGGAUGGCCAAGGAUGAGAUGGGUUGUUACAGACACAAAGUACCUGACCAAACCAUCCAAAGACUGGCAACCUCACAUUCCCACUGCCAACACUGACACAGCCUACAUAGAGUAUAAAGCGAGUAAGGAGGGAACAGUGAUGGGAGUUGCCGUCUCCAAGAUUGCCAUGUUGACGCACUGCCAAGCCCUCACCCAGGCCUGUAACUACAGUGAAGGGGAGACCCUGGUCAACGUGUUAGACUGCAAAAAGGACAUGGGUCUGUGGCAUGGCGUCUUAACGAGUGUUAUGAACAGAAUUCACACCGUCACUGUGCCGUAUGCUGUCAUGAAAGCCUGCCCCAUGUCCUGGGUGCAGAGGGUUCACAUCCACAAAGCACGUGUGGCUUUGGUGAAGUGCAGAGAUCUUCACUGGGCCAUGAUGGCCCACAAGGAUCAGAAGGACAUCAACUUGUCUUCUAUACGAAUGCUGAUAGUUGCUGAUGGAGCAAACCCAUGGUCUGUGUCGUCGUGCGACGCCUUCCUGAAUGUGUUUCAGUCUCAUGGUCUGAGGCCUGAGUCCAUCUGUCCAUGUGCCACCUCACCAGAGGCCCUGACUGUGGCCAUACGCAGACCUGGUGCACGGGGAGCUCCGCUCCCAGCCAGAGCCAUCCUAUCCAUGGCUGGGCUUAGCCACGGCGUCAUCAGAGUCAACACAGAGGACAAGAACUCUGCUUUAACUGUCCAGGAUGUUGGCCACAUUAUGCCUGGAGCUCUGAUGUGCAUUGUUAAACCAGACGGGCCGCCACAACUGUGCAAAACUGAUGAGAUUGGAGAGAUAGUGAUCAACUCUCGUGCUGGAGGAACAAUGUACUACGGCCUUCCUGGUGUCACAAAGAACACAUUUGAGGUUAUUCCAGUCAACCAAGCUGGAGCACCUAUUGGAGAAAUCCCCUUUGCUAGGACUGGUUUACUUGGAUUUGUGGGUCCGGCAAUCGACAGUAUCCACCAGGUUGGCCUUUACUGCCUCGCUCUUGUGCCAGCCAACACGCUCCCAAAGACGCCAUUAGGAGGCAUCCACAUUUGUGAAACCAAGCAGAGUUUUCUGGAUGGAAACCUGCAUCCCUGCAACAUCCUCAUGUGCCCGCAUACGUGCGUAACAAACAUGCCCAAGCCACGACAGAAACAGCCAGUGGAUGUUGGUCCUGCCUCUAUGCUUGUUGGCAACCUGGUUGCAGGGAAGCGGAUUGCUCCGGCCACAGGCAGAGAGCUGGGUGUGGUGGAUGAUCAAGACCUCAUUCGAAAGCACCAAUUCCUGUCAGAAUCUCUGCAGUGGAGAGCCCAAACUGACCCUGAGCAUGUUCUCUAUGUGCUGCUCAACUCCAAGGGUGUACCGGUGUGCACAGCAACAUGUGCACAGCUACACAAGAGAGCAGAGAAAAUCACUGCCACUCUAUAUGAAAAAGGGGGCCUCAACACAGGCGACAACGUGGUGCUGCUUUAUCCCCCAGGCAUUGACCUGAUUGCUGCCUUCUAUGGCUGCCUCUACGCAGGGAUGAUCCCUGUGACAGUAAGGCCGCCUCACCCCCAGAACCUGGCUGCUACUCUCCCCACAGUCCGCAUGAUCAUUGAUGUGAGCAAAGCUGCCUGCAUCCUCACCACUCAGCCUCUCAUGAGGAUCCUCAGGUCCAGGGAGGCUGCAGCAAGCGUUAAUGUCAAAACAUGGCCAACUAUCAUCGACACAGAUGAUCUUCCCAGAAAGCGGCCUCCACAAAUCUACAAACCUCCUACAGCUGAGAUGCUGGCCUACCUGGACUUCAGUGUGUCCACCACCGGCAUGCUGACUGGAGUCAAGAUGUCUCAUGCAGCUGUCAGCACUCUUUGCCGCUCCAUUAAGCUGCAGUGUGAGCUUUACUCCUCCCGCCAAAUAGCCAUCUGCCUGGAUCCGUACUGCGGCCUGGGCUUUGUCCUUUGGUGCCUCUCCAGUGUUUACUCAGGUCACCAGUCUAUCCUUAUUCCUCCAAUGGAGCUGGAGACCUCGCUGCCUCUGUGGCUGACCACGCUCAGUCAGUACAAGAUCAGAGACACUUUCUGCUCCUACUCUGUCAUGGAGCUGUGCACCAAAGGCCUGGGAACGCAGACAGAGAUGCUGAAGGCGCGGGGUCUGAACCUGUCGUGUGUGCGGAGCUGUGUGGUCGUAGCUGAGGAGCGACCUCGUCUCGCCCUCUCUCAGUCCUUUUCCAAGCUCUUCAAAGAUCUUGGCCUGUCGCCUCGGGCCGUCAGCACCGCUUUUGGCUCUAGGGUGAAUCUGGCCAUCGGUUUACAGGGGACUUCUGGACCAGAUCCCUCCACCGUUUAUGUGGAUAUGAAGUCCCUGCGUCACGACAGGGUGAGACUGGUGGAAAAGGGAGCUCCACAGAGUCUUCCACUGAUGGAAUCUGGAACUAUUCUGCCAGGAGUCAGAGUCAUCAUAGUUAACCCAGAGACCAGGGGCCCACUGGGAGACUCCCAUCUUGGAGAGAUUUGGGUGAACUCUCCUCACAGCGCCAGCGGCUACUACACCAUUUAUGGAGAGGAGAGCCUGCAGGCGGAUCACUUCAACACCAAACUGAGCUUUGGGGAUCCGCAGACUCUCUGGGCCAGGACGGGAUACCUGGGCUUCAUCAAGAGAACUGAGCUGCUGGAUGCGAGUGGAGAUCGCCAUGAUGCCUUGUUUGUUGUGGGCUCUCUGGAUGAGACCUUGGAGUUGAGGGGGUUGCGUUAUCACCCCAUCGACAUUGAGACAUCUGUUUCCAGAGCCCACCGCAGCAUCGCAGAGAGUGCCGUGUUUACGUGGACCAACCUGCUGGUGGUGGUGGCGGAGCUCAGCGGCUCAGAGCAAGAGGCCUUAGAUCUGGUGCCGCUGGUCACUAACGUGGUCCUGGAGGAGCACCACCUCAUUGUGGGGGUGGUGGUCAUUGUCGACCCCGGGGUCAUCCCCAUCAACUCUAGAGGGGAGAAGCAGAGAAUGCAUCUGCGGGACUCCUUCCUAGCAGACCAACUUGACCCCAUCUAUGUGGCCUACAACAUGUGAACAACUUUCAGAGACUGAUGCAGAAAACUGAGCCAAGGUUGGAGAAGACCUGAGGGGCGUAAACCACGGCCGCCACCACGUCGGCUCUCAGAGACGUUCAAAAGAGAAAAGCAACGUGGGAAUGCAAGCACAGUGCCAGUGCUGUAACAAUGAAUGCUUCCCUUUUCAGAAACUAUUCCUGCUUUUGUUCCACCUGCUCGACUGCUGCAGCCCAGGUUCACCGGGAUUUCCAAGAACAAGGGUGAAAUCUUCUAUCCUCUUUCGAGGAAACGCAUCGUUCACUUUGAGGAAAUUUGAACUUCAUUUGCUCUCUGAAGCCCGUUUCUCCCUCUGCAUUCCUAAUCAUGUUUUUUAAGUAUUUUUAGUAUCUUGCUCCCAUCAAAGACGGAAGACUCGAUCAUUAAAUGUUUUUAAUUUUCAUUAUUUUGUCUUGUUUUUUUCAACAUCCAAACUUUUAAAGACAGGGGUGCACUGGAACUUCCUCCACCUUUUGCACGUCUGGCUUUGUGUCCUGCCUCCAAAGGAGAACCAACUGCUCACACCAGCUGCUGCUGCUUCCACUGGAAAAAAAUCCACAUCAGUAUUGAAAAAGAAGUGCCACCAGGGAGUCCCAUCCCGACUCUUUGACUUCCCACAAGGAGCACAGUGGCUCUGGCCUCCUCACCUGCUGUCAACCUGCAGACACAGCUUUGGCCUUCACUUGUCAAAAAAGUCCUAAAAAUACACUUAGAUUCCACCUCUAUGUUAAAAAAAAAAAAAAAAAAAGAACGAAUUGGUGAAUAUAAAACGGAUUUCUUCGUUUUCUUGUUUUUUUUUUUGUGUGCUAGGACAUGCUAAGGUAGAUAAGAUCAUUUUGAUAACCUUAUUUUAAGAAAUAUUAGCAGGACUUGCAGAUAUUUCUGGAGUUUAGGUGUGCAUGCGACCUGGAGGUGCAGCAGAUAUCUGCAUACAGAUUGCUAGAAAUGAUUUAAUAACAGAUAAACCAACAUGUCCUAAUUGGUUCAUCAGGAGGACAGUUUAAGAUAUAGCACAUGUUUUUGCCUCUCAUCAGCAACUAUAAAGAAACACAAAAUCCUAAGAAUAUCUACUAAAAAAUCAAGCCUUUAUAACCGACUGAAGGACACUGGGAAAAAAAUAUGCAGAUUUUAAAGAUUAUCUUCUUCUCAACCAUGUAACCAUGCAUAUUCAACUUUACUGGAGCAGAAGGAUCAUCAGAGGCUCUGCUGAUAUUACUAAUUCCCAGCUAGGCAUGGGUCAUUAUUAAAUUCCUAUGGUAUAAAAACAUUAAAGGAAAAUGCAGCAGAUUCAGUAUACUUAGACAUGUAGAUCUUUUUAAAUACUGAUUUACAAUAAUUUUUUGUGAUCCUAAACUGACUUGAAUUUGCUCCAAAAAACUUUUU